AUGGCAUACCAUAACACAGAGACAACUCGGCUGAUCGACACGGACGGUACCAUCCUCAAUGAGACCGACUACCUCAACCUGCUAAACCAAAUCAUUAGGCGCAAUGACUCAGCGACGCUACAUAAAUAUCUCGCGAAAUUCCCGAGAUACGCCCUUAGUACGGGAGAGACCGAGUACUACGACCCGUUCUGGAUCGCUGCGUCGGUUGGGAGCACCGAGGUCCUUCGCGUGCUGCUCGAUCAUUACAAUUUCAACUAUGAAGCCGAUCCAUCGCAGAUAGUAGCCCUAGACCAGCGAGAAUUCCUACUACUGAACGUGGCCUGUGACCACGCCCAUCUCGAAACGGCGCGGUUCCUACUAGACAGCCAGCCCCCGUUUGGGGAAGUAUGCGCUAAGGACUACCACGGCGGGACGCCACUGUUGAGCGCUGCAGCGUCGCUGCAGCACCUUAGUUUCGAUCUGCAGCACCUUAGUUUCGAUCUCGAACUUUGUCAUCAUGACCGUCACGGUUGGAUCCGCGACCGCCUUGCUCGCGGCGAGGAAUUGAUGCACCUACUCCUCGAUAAGGGGGCUUGUGCUAGCGAUGCCAUCGUCGAAGUCAGGGACAAUUGGCUAGAGCCGCGCAACACCGUUCUUGGCCGGGCCAUCACCCGCGCCAGCUACGAGUUAGUUAGGCGCCUGCUAGACGAAGGGGCGGACGUCCACGCCCGGCAGCAGUACUUCAGCAACGGCGGGGAGGUCGGCUUUCCAAUAGGAAUGUACACUAAUGAUGUCACCGCGCUGCAUCUGGGGAGCUUGUUCUGGAACGCGGAGGGGAUCCGUGCGCUACUAGACCAUCAGCGCAGCGCUAGCAAUGACCAUGACUAUGGACGUGAAAACGAGCAUAAUGACUUGUUUACCUGUCGCGACAGCACCGGCCGUCUCCCCCUCCACUGGGCGGCUGGGGGCCCCGGUUGGUAUGACGAAUGUCUCCUCCUAGACGAUGCCAUCGUCCCACGCAUCGUUAACACGUUCCAGCUCCUUCUAGCCAGCAACCCCCAUACCAUCAACGACCUAGACCACCAGGGCGCGACACCCCUAUACUACGCGGUCGGAGGCCACGCAGGCUGCGGCAGCCUACACUCUGACGUUCCCAUCCGGUUCCUCUGCGCCCACGGCGCUGACGCAAGCCUAGUAGACCGCCACGGCCGCACUGUGCUGCAUGCUCUUGCCUUGCACUCUAUGUACGGCGAACCAAUCGCCUCUGCCCUUCUGGACCUCCUGGUCGAGCACGGCGCUGAUGUCACUCACGCUGACACAGACGGCAACACUCCUCUGCACCUCAUGGCGCGGAACCUACGGCAGGUCGAGGCGGCGCGGUACCUAGUCCGCCUUGGCGCGGAUGUGCGCUAG